UAUCAGGAGCUGGGGCAUGGAUGGGAUGGGGACCCCCCCCCCCCCACGUGUCACCCCAUCUCUUUGCCCCCCCAUCCCGGUCAGGAUCGCCCCGUCUGAGCGUGGCUGGGAUGGCAGCGAUGGAUGCGGAGGGGCAAGCGCCCGCCCGGGACCCACAGGAGGUGCCAGAGGGGACCCCCGCAGCCCACCCCAUCCCGCCGGCCUCGGGCAGGGACUCUCCCGUGCGCCCAGCGCGGCCACGACGGAAGGCACCGGCCCGUGGAGCAGCCAAGGCACCGGGACAAGCGGGGGGCCUGGGGCUGCUGGGGGGGCUGCGGGGGGGCCGCCUGCGCCCCACCAUCUGCAGCGAGUGCGGGAAGGGCUUCAGCCGCAGCUCGGACCUGGCGCGGCACCAGAUCACCCACACGGGCGAGAAGCCCUUCAGGUGCGGCGCCUGCGGCAAAGGCUUCAGCCAGAACUCCAACCUGGUGACGCACCGGCGCAUCCACACCGGCGAGAAGCCCUACGGCUGCGGCGCCUGCGGGAAGCGCUUCAGCGAGAGCUCGGCGCUCAUCCAGCACCAGCGGACCCACACCGGGGAGCGGCCCUACGGCUGCGGGGAGUGCGGGAAGCGCUUCAGCGUCAGCUCCAACCUCAUCCGGCACCGGCGCACCCACACCGGCGAGCGGCCCCACGUCUGCGCCGACUGCGGGGAUGGCUUCCGGCACAAGGCCCAGCUCCGCCGGCACCAGAAGCUUCACGCCGUGUGAUGGGGACGUUGGGAUGGGGAUGAAGGGAUGGGGACAUCGGGAUGGGGAUGC